AAGAUGCUGCUCCGCGGGCACGGUCACCCGUGCAAGCGUUCUCUCGUUGUUAAGUAGGUAUGCUGUACGCUGAUGUAUCCUCCCCGUUAAGGAGCCAUCUAGCUAGCUGCUACUGUAAGCUGUGAGCUUCUUCCUCCUCCCGCUUCAGCCGUCGUCGCCCAGUUGAUCUGCUCAUCUGCAGAUCCAUCGGGCAGGGCACCUCAACUCCAAUGGAUUCGCUCCUACCUGGUUUCCCGCCAUCAGAUGUGCCAUCCCACAGGAGGUCGAGAUCAAUGGGACAUCAGAACUUCAUGAGUAUAGAGUUACAACAAAUAGAGGGGAUGACCUCGGAGUUCACACUCCAGCUGUUAGACCAUAUUACAAAUCAUUUUUCUGAGGAGAGCAUAAUUGGCCGUGGUGGGUCUGGAGUAGUUUACAAGGGUGAAUUGGAUAACGGUGAAGAGAUUGCUAUGAAGAAGCUUCAUCAAAUGCCUGGGCUUGACGAGAAGCAAUUUACGAACGAAUUCAACAAUCUUAUGAGAGCGAAACAUAAAAAUAUUAUACGGUUAGUUGGCUACUGCUACUAUCUAGGACAUGAACGUGUAGAGCACAAAGGAAAAUAUGUUUUUGCUCAUGUGCAAGAAAGACUACUCUGUUAUGAAUACUUGCAAGGUGGAAAUCUCGACCAGCAUCUUUUUGAUGAAUUAUGCGGACUUGACUGGCACACACGGUACAAAAUAAUAAAAGGUGUAUGCGAGGGUUUAAAUUUCCUCCAUACAGGAUCAGAAGAUCCUAUCUGCCACUUGGAUUUAAAACCCGCAAACAUACUGCUGGACAAAGAUAUGACACCAAAAAUUGCAGAUUUUGGUUUGUCCAGACUCUUUGCUUCCGCACAGACCCAUAUCACGACACAAAUUAUAGGAACACUUGGAUACAUGCCUCCCGAAUUCAUAGAAAGAGGCAAAAUCACACCAAAAUUUGACAUAUUCAGUUUGGGUGUUAUAAUUAUAAAAAUAAUAGCUGGGCCUGAUGGUUACUCCAAAUUUGCAGAUAUGUCUUCUGAAGAAUUUGAUAAGCUGCUGCACCAAAACUGGGCAAAGAGGUUGCAUGAAACGAUGCCGUCCGGUACAUUGCAGGAAAUGAAGACAUGCAUGGACAUUGCAUCAAGAUGUGUGGAGAGGGAUGAAGAGAAAAGGCCAUGCAUAAGCGAGAUUAUCCAUGAACUGUAUAAGAUUGACAGUGGCAUUAUUAACGAACCAAAUCAGAAUUACAGUGACAUUCUGGAUAAACAAGACAAGCUUGAUGGUCACCUUGUCGAUGAAGUGGAUAAGAUCGGUGGUAACAUUGCGGCCAAGAUUGAGGCGAACAUUAUCAAUGAACAAGAUAAGAAAUCCUUGGAGAGAAUGAGUAGGCUUGUUGUUUCCCCACGUUGCGUGUGGGCAUCAUCGGCGCUGGCCCGUCAGGGCUCGCUGUUGCGGCCAGCCUCCGCGAGCGCGGCGUGCCAUUCGCCGUGCUUGAGCGAGAGGACUGCAUCGCCUCGCUGUGGCAGAAGCGCACCUACGACAGUCUCAAGCUCAACCACCCGAAGCAGUUUUGCAACCUCCCACGCAUGCCAUUCCCGGCUGACUACCCGGAGUACGUCCGGCAUGUCCUACAUCGGCAAACGCGUGCUCGUGGUGGGCUGCGGCCAGUCCGGCAUGGAGGUGUCCGUCGACCUGUGCAACGGUGGCGUGAUCCCGUUCAUGGUCGUCCGAAACGUGGUCGGCAUCGCCACAAUAUAUCUCACCAUGCUGCUCAUGCGGUGGCUCCCGCUCUCUCUCGUUGACAAGAUCAUGGCCUUCCUCGCCUGGCUCUUACUCGGCGACCUCGCCAGGCUUGGCAUCCGGACCCCCGCAGUUGAUUCGCUCACGUUCAAGAAGACUGAUGACAAUGGGCGCGCCUGGUGCGCGAUCGCGAGGAGGAUCAGGUCCGGUGACAUUACCGUUGUCCCUAGCGUGGCGCGCUUCACCAAGUCCGGCGCCGAACUGUCCGACGGCAGCGUCGUCGACAUCGACGCCGUCAUACUGGCCACUGGCUACCGCAGCAAUGUGACCCGGUGGUUCCAGGGUAUCGAAUUAUUGGGGAAGGACGGUUGCCCCAAGACCUCGUUCACCGAUGGCUGGAAUGGUCACUCAGGGCUCUACUCCGUUGGCUUCACCCGACGCGAUCUCUUGGGCGCCUCCGCCGACGCCGUGUGUGUCGCGAAGGACCUUGCCGUGUCGUGGAGAGAGAACACGAAACCCAGAAAAUCAGUUAUUUUUUAG